CUGCUUCCGGCGGGGCCCGGCGACCUCCGCGGGGCCAGGCGGGUGGCGAGUCAGGGCCGCGGCGGCGGCGUCCACGCUGCGGCCGCGCUUGCUUGCAGCCCUCAGCCCCGCGCUCCGGCCCCGCGCCGCCAUGGGCAAGAAGCACAAGAAGCACAAGACCGAGUGGCGCUCGUCCUACGAGGAUUAUGCAGACAAGCCCUUGGAGAAGCCCCUGAAGCUGGUUCUCAAGGUUGGAGGAAGUGAAGUGACUGAGCUGUCGGGGUCUGGGCACGACUCCAGUUAUUACGAUGACAGGUCAGACCACGAGCGAGAGCGGCACAAGGAAAAGAAGAAGAAGAAGAAGAAGAAAUCCGAGAAGGAGAAGCACCUUGACGACGAAGAAAGAAGGAAAAGAAAGGAAGAGAAGAAGCGGAAACGGGAAAAGGAGCAUGGCGACUCGGAGGGAGAGGCCGACGACUUUGAUCCCGGCAAGAAGGUGGAGGUGGAGCCGCCCCCCGACAGGCCUGUGCGAGCGUGCCGGACACAGCCAGCCGAGAACGAGAGCACACCGAUUCAGCAGUUACUAGAGCAUUUUCUCCGCCAGCUCCAGAGAAAAGAUCCUCAUGGAUUUUUUGCUUUUCCUGUCACGGAUGCAAUUGCUCCCGGAUACUCCAUGAUAAUAAAACAUCCCAUGGACUUUGGUACAAUGAAAGACAAGAUUGUAGCCAACGAAUACAAAUCAGUCACAGAAUUUAAGGCGGAUUUCAAACUGAUGUGUGAUAAUGCGAUGACCUACAACAGACCAGACACUGUGUACUACAAGUUAGCUAAGAAGAUCCUUCACGCAGGCUUUAAGAUGAUGAGCAAAGAGCGGCUGUUAGCUCUGAAGCGCAGCAUGUCGUUUAUGCAGGACAUGGAUUUUUCUCAGCAGGCAGCUCUUCUGGGCAACGAAGACACAGCUGUUGAGGAGCCCGUUCCUGAAGCGGCACCUGUACAAGUAGAAACUGCCAAGAAAUCCAAAAGGCCGAGUAGAGAAGUUAUCAGCUGCACGUUUGAGCCGGAAGGAAAUGCCUGCAGCCUGACUGACAGCACGGCAGAGGAGCACGUGCUGGCCUUGGUGGAGCACGCAGCUGACGAGGCUCGGGACAGGAUCAGCCGGCUCCUCCCAGGGGGCAAGAUGGGCUAUCUGAAGAAGGACAGUGACGGCAGCUUGCUCUACAGCGUGGUCAACACGGCCGAGCCGGAUGCCGACGAGGAGGAGACACACCCUGUGGACCUGAGCUCGCUCUCCAGCAAGCUGCUCCCCGGCUUUACCACACUGGGCUUCAAGGAUGAGAGAAGGGGCAAAGUCACUUUUCUCUCCAGCACCACCACCGCGCUUUCAAUGCACAGCAAUUCUGUGUUCGGCGACUUAAAGUCGGAGGAGAUAGACCUGCUGUAUUCCGCCUACGGGGAUGAGACGGGUGUGCAAUGUGCGCUGAGCCUGCAGGAGUUCGUGAAGGAUGCUGGGAGCUACAGCAAGAAGAUGGUGGACGACCUCCUGGACCAGAUCACCGGCGGGGACCACUCGCGGAUGCUGUUCCAGCUGAGGCAGAUGUCGUGUCUGCCCCCGCCCCACACUCGUCGCUUCUCCAGGACUCUGACACGCGGCUGGCAUCCUGGCCUGUCCCGAGUGCCGAGGAGAAAUGUUCCCGUGAAGCCUCCAGAGGAAGCGAAGGCUGGGGACUCGCUGGGCGACAGCAACUCCGUCCUGGACUUCAUGUCGACAAAGUCCUACUCGGACGCCUCCCUGGACAUCUCCAUGCUCGGCUCUCUAGGGAAAGUGAGGAAGGAGCCUGACGCAGACGACAGCCACCUGAACCUGGAUGAGACGGCGAAGCUCCUGCAGGACCUGCACGAGGCACAGGCAGAGCGCGGGGGCUCCCGGCCGUCCUCCAACCUCAGCUCCCUGUCCAACACCUCCCCCUCCGAUAGGGACCAGCACCACCUGGGAAGUCCUUCUCGCCUCAGCGUCGGGGAGCAGCCAGAGGUGACCCACGACCCAUACGAAUUUCUUCAGUCUCCAGAACCUGCAGCCUCUGCAAAGAGCUAGCCUUGUACAUAGACUUCCGUUAGUUUUUUAUUUUUUUAUUUGUGUGUACAGAGUUUUUGUCGUGAGACAGAGACUUUCGUUUUGUCCCCUCUGGCGUGCGGGAAGCAGCCCGGGAGGUGGGGAGGUGUCUCUGGCAUCAUGUCAGCCACACGCGGAUCCCGUGUUUCUGUGGGUAGCCCCGUGAAUGCUGGACAGUGGUCAGCACACAUGCAGGUGUGUGACCGGGUGGGGUCGAGCCGUUGUGCUUUGUCUCUUGAGCUUUGAGGGGUCUGUAAAGCUCCUCCCUAUGGCCGGCCGGGACACGCCGUCCUGCCCCAGCAUCCUUCCCGAGCACCCCUUGGGAGGCAAGAGAUGCCCACGUUGGGGGUCCUGUGUGCCGUUUGCCCUGCCCGCCCUCCCCGCCGUCCCCACAUUCCCGAAGCAGGUCGUGGCGGGGCCGCACCCUCCUGGCCUGGGACGGGCUCUGUGCUGGGCGAGGCCUGCCUUCUGCUGGAAGCUGACACUGCCCCCUGGCGACAGUGGUGUGCUGUGUCCGUAGACUUUUUUAAUCUGGAUGUGUUUACUGGAUGCCUGUUUACAUUUGCAAAACGUAGAGAUCUCAAUAAAAUACAGAGCGAUUGCAUGUAA